AUGGGAUUCAGAGUGAAAGUGUGACAAAACGCCGGCGCCUUGAACCGAAGCCGUGUCCUUGGUGGAAGCGAAGAUGUGUUUACAAGCCCCGGGAGAGGCCGUCACGACAAAUGAGAAAUGAAUAAACUCGCAUCCUGAAGCUAUAUAAAGUACAAGUAAUUCGACAUGAGUUAGUUUUGUUUACAAUUGGCCUCGCAGAUACACAGAAUACUUACUGUUAGCUGAUCAUCAGCAGUCCAUAACUUUUCGAUUAUAGUGAAGAAGAAAUAAUUUCUGAAGAUGUGCACUUCGUUAUUGGCGAUUUGGACCAGCGUGUUCCUUUUGAGCCUCUGCCUGACUCUCACCGCCGCCUGGCUUCCAUUCUUCGGGGAGGAGAUUCACAAGCAUCUAGAUCUAGAGAGCCAUCACCGGGAGUGGGACAUUCUGGAGCUCCUCAGCAUCAACGGCUCCCAAACAGGUGUGUCCGCAGCGCGAGGACCCAUACCUGACACACCGGCAUGGAGGCUUCGAGCCGUGUACGACAACAUUCAAAUAGAACCAGCCAUCGUUCCAAAAAUUGCUUCAACGCUGCACGACGAGGUCACUUUUUAUUUUGUCUACAAGCAACACAAGAAGACACUCGGUUCUCUCCUUUCUAUAAACUUACCUGGCAGGAUCAAACCUUGGUUACAAGUGAUCUCCAACUUGAAGACUCAGCGCCUCAAUUUCUUCUACCAUGUCAAGGAGGACGCCAAAACUCACCAGGCGUCGUUCGAGCUUCCAGAGAAGGUGGGCUGGACGUGGACGCGGAUCCUGGUGAGCGUGAAGCAGACGCAGGUGCGAAUCUGGAUCAACUGCGCCGACUACGACAAGCAGAAGCUGGCCGGCCACAUUGACUUGGAGAUCCCCGCGGGGGGCCUCAUAUACUUCCGCCAGGAGCCCGGACUGAAAAACAAACUUAUAUGUAACAUCCAGAUGGCUAAGAUCCUGAACUACAGCGUCAACGACCGCGUGUGGAAGUGCACCUAUGAUGCUCAGUUUGGCCCCAGCUGGCGUCCCUCCUCUUCUCGGUUGAUCAACUGGGCAUCAGCCCUUCCUUGUUCUGGCCGCAGCACGCCGGCUUGCAACGCUCACAUCUCGUUCUGUUUGCAAUGUGACCUCCAUCCUAAAUUUAUGCUCUUUUUUCCCCUCUUGACCUUUCUGUGGAUACAUUUUAUGCCCUUGCUCUCUUUCUCUCAGCUCACCCGGAGGUAAAUUUAAUUUUUUUUUUCAUCUACCUAGCAUUGCUUAGAUGUUGAUUCAUCGUUAUAUCCCAAAUAUAUGCAAACUAACUACAUUAAUACCACUAAAAUUAUGCAGUACAUAUCACUUUUUGAGACGGAGGUUUUUGCUGCAAAAGAGAGCUUAAUCACAAGAGAGUUUUACAGGCUAAGGAGCUUUUCAAGUACAGAAAACGACAAAACAGAAUGGCGAACUCAGCAAAAUCUCAAGAAAAAAUACGUAUAUCAUAAGAUAAUAAGAUUAAGGUUUCAUACCAAUUAUCGAAUCAUUAAUAAAAAUCAAGUCUGGCAUAGUAUGACUUUUUCUAUUUCUUGGUAUACAUGUGUUCUUCAAUGAAUAACUGAAUAGAGAAUGUACACACACACACACACACACACACAC